AACAAACAAGCAGAAAAUAUUUUUGUGUUAAGCAUUCUAAAGAGAAAGCGAAGAAAAUGGAUCAGAUGCUACCAAGUCCAGGGUUUAGUAUCCCCAGUAUAGGAACUCCUUUGCACCAGCCAGAAGAAGAUCAACAAAUUUUGCCUAAUGCUUUGCAACAACAACAACAACAACAACAGCAACCACAGCAGCAGCAACAACAGCAACAAUAUCAGUUACAACAAUUACAUGCAAUGAGUCCAAAUAUGCAGAGUGGUAUGCUUAUGAUAGGAACACCUCAAAAAACUAUGCAUGCUUAUGCGACAGCACCUACUUUUGCAACACCGCAAAGUCUUAUGCAGCCACAAACACCACAAAAUAUGAUGUCUCCGUUAGUACAAAGUAAUAAUCAUAUAGCACCUUCUUCGAUAGGACCCUCCACUCCAGGUCCUAUGACUCCAAUGACACCAGCUUCUGCAGAUCCAGGAAUCUUACCACAACUUCAAAAUAUUGUCUCUACGGUUAAUUUAAACUGCAAAUUAGACUUGAAAAAAAUAGCUCUUCAUGCAAGAAAUGCGGAAUACAACCCAAAAAGAUUUGCAGCAGUUAUUAUGAGGAUAAGAGAGCCAAGGACUACUGCUUUAAUAUUCAGUAGUGGAAAAAUGGUUUGUACAGGAGCAAAGAGUGAGGAGGACUCUCGACUGGCUGCAAGAAAGUAUGCCAGAAUUAUUCAGAAGCUUGGUUUUCCUGCGAAGUUUCUUGACUUCAAAAUACAAAACAUGGUUGGCAGUUGUGAUGUGAAGUUUCCAAUUAGAUUAGAAGGAUUAGUGCUUACACAUGGGCAGUUCUCCUCAUACGAACCUGAACUUUUUCCUGGUUUAAUAUACAGAAUGGUUAAGCCUAGAAUCGUCUUACUUAUAUUUGUUUCGGGCAAAGUAGUCUUAACUGGAGCGAAGGUUCGACAGGAGAUUUAUGAAGCAUUUGAUAAUAUCUAUCCGAUUCUGAAGAGCUUUAAAAAACAGUGAUUUGGUUUCUCGUUGUGUGUUAUGUUAUGUUGUGAAAAGACAGAACAGAGGUGAAAUAUCUUAGUUUUUAUCUUGAAGGCCGAUGAAGUAAGUUGUAUUAUCAGCCUCGAUAGUGUUGAGAAUUCAUAAAACCUUUAAAGUAUUUUAUAAAAAAAAAUAUAAUUAAAAGUG